UAUAAAAGACCUCGCAACUCUAACUGUUUACUCUUCUUGUUACAUUCACGAUGAAAUCAGUUUUGAUGCUCGCUUUUCUAUCAUUCGCCUACGUGGCAGCGCAAGAACAAUGUUCGACAGAUUGCAAAGAUAAGAAGAGACAACCAGUGUGCGGGUCUGAUCAGAAAACUUAUCCAAGUCUUUGUUUGUUAAACUGGAUAAAAUGCGAGAGCCAAGGUCGUGUCGAAUUUAGUCACAAUGGACCAUGUCAGCAAAGUGCAUGCUUCAAUCGAUGUUUGGAUAUAGCUGAAAAGUGGUGUGGCACGGAUGGAAUUACGUAUCUUAACCUCUGUUACUUUUUAACAGCUUCGUGCAAAAAGCAAGGCAGCAUUGGUAUAGCUUAUAAAGGAGCAUGUGAAAUAAGUCAGGCUGACUACCGAAGAUACGAAAAUUUCAGAAGAUUUCUGUCUUAAGACUCACUUUUGUUCAAUUUGUAGACUACUUUAAUUAAAAAUUAUUUUUUCAAGGUUA